AUGGCAGAAGCUACAGAGCCACAAGGCCGGAUGGUAGCUAUUGUCGGAGCUGCAGGUGUCCAGACAGAGAUCGACCUCGAUACCCUCGGAGACGAAGAUAUCGCCGAGGUCAUUCCCGAGCUGCUCGCCGACUACUCGGCGGAAUGUAAAGACUGGACGUUGUUCGCGGGGGAGCACUGGAAGUGCAAGCGGUGGGACAGGGCCGAGGAGCUGCUGGUCAAGGCUAUACAACAGUUCGCUGGUGGAUUGGGCAGACCACCAGACUUCCUCGCGCUCGUCAGGCUACACUCUAUGCUCGCUCACUUCCACCUCGCUCGUGCUAGGUCUGCACCGAGAGCUAUCCUGCCUCAUGCUAAGUACGACAAGCUCAAGCCGCAACAUCUGAAAGACUUUCACUAUACCGAAGCCGCCGCGAACCUCAACAAGGCGGACCAAGCACACCAGUCGUCAGGCGGAUCAGCAGAUGAUGAGCCAUCACCACUAGCUCUGGGGAAGAUCAUCCUCCACCUAGCCCGCGGAAACCCCACCCUCGCCCAACCCCUCGUCACCCGCCAACUCCAAAAACAGCCUUCCAACCUGAUCGCUCUCCUCGCCCAAGCCCGCCUCAUGUUUGCUCGACGCAUGCACGACAAGGCUCUAGAGAUAUAUCAGCGACUGCUCGCUGUGGCGCCAGAGAUGAGCCCGGAUCCGCGCAUUGGCCUUGGGCUGAGUCUGUGGAUGCUGGGAGAUAAAGGCCGGGCGAGGCUGGCUUGGAAUAGGGCUCUGAAGCGGGACCCCGGCUCUUGGCCAUCUCUCCUCCUCCUUGGUCUCGCCGACUUCAAUACCGCCCGCGACCCCCUCGUCCCCCAAUCCGAACGCCUAACCUCCGAGGCUUCCGGCGUAUCCUUCGUUCAACAGGCCUUCAAGCUCAACAAUCAAGCGACAGCCUCCGCCCUCGCCCUCGCGUCCAUCGCGGGCAGUUCGGGCCGGCUCGAGCAAGCGUCCAAACUCGCCGAAAGGGCCAUCCAGUACUCGGAUAAUAAGCGGCAUACGGUGCUAUCCAAUGCGGAGCGGGGCAGGCUGGGGUUUGUUGCCGGGGACGUGGCGGAUGCGGGGCCGUUUAUUGCUGCGGCGAAGAGCGAGGAUGCGGGUGGGGUCAACUUUUUGGCCGAGUUGACUUUGGGCCAGAUUGCUAUCAAGAAUGGAAACCUUCGAGAAGCUCUCAACUUUAUCGAACAGACUGCGAAACGUCUGAACGGCGCCGGUCCCCUCGAAUACACCGUCCUGCACGCCUGUCUCCUCAACUACCCUCAUCCCGGAAUGACACCGGACGAACUGUGCGGGAACCGCGCUACCGCCCGGCGAAUGCUUACCGAGCUGCAUAAGCAAGUCUCCUCGGCAUCGUCCGAAUCGGACUGGGCGAAACUCCGGGGCGUGGGUACCGACGUCGAUAUCUUUCUGGAUCUGGCCAAGAUGUGGCAGGACGAGAGCAUCGACGUUGCUGUGGGCGCGUACCAGACGGCCGUUUCCGUCGGGGUGGACCAUGAGGGGGACAAGGAUGGGAAGGUGGAUAUGAAGGCGGUCAAGAUUGGGAGUAACCUGGGGGCGCUGUAUGCGCUCCAGGGGAAUUUGGAGGGUGCGGAGGCGAGGUAUCAGGAGGCAUUGCAGAAGAUUGCGGGGGAGAGCGGGGGGGAGGCAGAGAUGAUGCGGACGGUAUUGGCGUUCAAUCUGGGACGGGCGUAUGAGGAGGAAGGGGAGGUGGUUAAGGCUAGUCAGUGGUAUAAGGAUGUUUUGCGCCAACAUCCAGAGCACAUGGAGUCUAAAGUCCGGCUCGCCGCUAUCGCCGCCUCGCAAGGCCGGAACGUGGACGCCCAUAACCUCCUGAAAGAAUGCCUCCGCUCGGACGAAGCUUCCCUCCCUCUCCGAUCCGCCUACACCCAUUUCCUCAUCUCCAUCGGAUCCCACAAGGAAGCUCUGGCAUUCACGUCCCAAACGCUAAAAUUCGAGCGUGCCGACGUCUACACCUUUUGCGCACUCGGCUGGAUUCACUAUACCGUCGCGCGCGAAGCCAAGUCGUCUGCCGAGCUGGCGGAUCGGUCCAAGCAGUACCUGCGCUCUGCGGAGGCGUACGAGCGCGCCCUGGUGCUCGACCCAAAAUGCGCGAUGGCGGCGCAGGGGCUCGCGAUUGCGCUGGCGGAGGAUACGUUGGCGUUGAAGGGGACGGCGCCGCCUGUGGGGUCGGCGGAGGAUCUCAAGUUAAAGAUGAGGCUGGCGGGGCAGGCGCUGGGCGUGUUGGGGAGGAUCAAUGAUAGUGUGCCGGAUGGGAGCACGAGCGUUAAUAUGGGGCAUUGUUAUUUCGUCAGAGGGGAGGAAGAGAAGGCGAUCCAGGCGUACGAAGCUGCCGAGACGAGGUUUAAGGGCAGAAACGUCCCAAAUCUCUUGUACCUCUCGCGGACAUGGUAUGCAUCCGCAAACCGCGACUCCAACUACUCGGCCAUGGGUAAGGCCUUGUCGUACGCUCAAAAGGCACUUCAUAUACAACCUAGCGACCGCGCAAUCCUCUACAACAUCGCCAUGAUUCAGCAAAAAUCAGUCGAGAUGCUGCUCUCGCUCCACCCGAGCAAGCGGACACUGGAGGAAUUGCAGACUGCCAUGUUGCACGCUCAACAGGCUGGCAAUACGUUCCGCGCACUGGCGAGCGAUACGACCAGUGCCCUGCCAUACGACAAGGAGCUUGCCAACCAGCGUGCGAGCUACGGAGAUGGUGUGUUGCGCAAAGCGCCGGAACAGAUUGCUCGACAGGAAGCAUACGAGUCCGAGGCUGCUGCGCGGGUCGAGGAGGUCCGGAAAGUGCGCGCUGAGGAACAGGCCAAGAUCCAAGCCGCCGAGGAUGUUCGCCGAGCGCAACUCGAAGAACAAGCCGCGAUCCUCGCCGAGCGCCGUCGGGUGCAACAAGAAGAAGCGCGCGCAUGGGCCGAAGAGGUCGCUGCGCGGCAAGCGGACGAAGUGGCCGGGAAAGCCUCGAGGGCGGAUAAGGCUGCGGAUCGGAAGCGGCGCAAAGAGGCCGGGGAGGAUGUGGAUGAGGACAAGCCGCGAAGAAAGAGGGGGACAGGAAGCAAAAAGGGGAGGAAGGGGAGGGGGAAGAGUGAGGUGGAUAGUAGUGAUGAAGAGUCGGGUAGGAGUCGGAGUGGGACUGCAGGGGCUGGCGCUGGGGCGGAGGAAGAUGGGGUGGAUCCGGAGGUUAGGAGACGGAAUCGGUUGGAGAAGAUCAAGGCGGAUAGGAAGAAGAAACAGAAGAAGAGGGAAGAUCCGGAUGAGGGUGGAGGUAGAUCCAAGCGGGCGCAGGAUUCUAAUAAAUUCAAGUCCAAAGCGUUCAUUGAAGACUCGGACGAAGAGAUGGGCGAUGAUGACGAUGAGGACGCGCGAGAGGUGUCUGCGCCUGCGCUUACUGAUGAAGCCGGGGAUGGCGACGAUGACGGCGGGGACGGGGAGCAAGAGCAAGAGAGGGUGCAGAGUCCAAGUCGGUCAGCUACGCCCGCGACACCUGCGACGCCUGCGAUACCGACCGAGGCGGACGUGGCGCAGGGAUCAGGGGCAGAUGGGGGCGCGGGGGUGUUGAGGCAGGCGGAGGAUGGGGGGAUGGAGGUUGAUGAGUAG